AUGACACCAUGUGUUUGCAGGUCUGUCUGGAUUAUUAUCUCUCCGUGGUCUUCUUGGUCUGCCUCGUGGUCUACAGCCAUUCGACAUCCUCGUGGUCCACAGCCAUUCGACAUCCUCGUGGUCCACAGCCAUUCGACAUCCUCGUGGUCUACAGCCAUUCGACAUCCUCGUGGUCUCCAGCCAUUCGACAUCCUCGUGGUCCACAGCCAUUCGACAUCCUCGUGGUCCACAGCCAUUCGACAUCCUCGUGGUCCACAGCCAUUCGACAUCCUCGUGGUCCACAGCCAUUCGACAUCCUCAUGGUCUACAGCCAUUCGACAUCCUCGUGGUCUCCAGCCAUUCGACAUCCUCGUGGUCUGCAACCAUUCGACAUCCUCGUGGUCUGCAACCAUUCGACAUCCUCGUGGCCUACAGCCAUUCGACCUCCUCGUGGUCUCCAGCCAUGCGACGUCCUCGUGGUCUCCAGCCAUUCGACAUCCUCGUGGUCCACAGCCAUUCGACAUCCUCGUGGUCUACAGCCAUUCGACAUCCUCGUGGGCUACAGCCAUUCGACAUCCUCGUGGUCCACAGCCAUUCGACAUCCUCAGGUUCACAGAUUUAGCCUCCGUGUCACCGGUAAUUCUCUCUGUAUGCUCAGUCGUUUUAUUCUAA